GAGCGCCUGGCUCCGCAGCAGACGCGGCGUGGCGCCCCCUGGAGGUCGCGGGGACCCGGGCGCGGAGCAGGGGCGCGAUGGCGAUGGCGCUGUCGGGCGAGGACAGGGCGGCGGUGCGCGCCCUGUGGAGGAAGCUGGGCGGCAACGUCGGGAUCUACGCGACCGAGGCCCUGGAGAGGACCUUCCGCUCCUUCCCCGCCACCAAGACCUACUUCCCGCACUUCGACCUGAGCCCCGGCUCCGCCCAGGUCAAGGCCCACGGCCAGAAGGUGGCCGACGCGCUGACCACCGCCAUGGCCCACCUGGACGACCUGCCCGGCGCCCUGUCCGCCCUCGGCGCCCUGCACGCCCACAGGCUGCGCGUGGACCCCGCGCACUUCCAGCUCCUGAGCCACUGCCUGCUGGUGACCCUCGCCCGCCACUACCCCGGAGACCUCGCGCCCGCCAUGCACGCGUCGCUGCACAAGUUUCUGAGCCACGUGACCUCGGCGCUGGCCUCCCGCUACGGCUGAACUGGGGGGUGCGGGACCCCCAGCCCCCCCCCCCCGCCGCGAGCUCGGACUCGGAGUAAAGUCCACGCAGGAAGCCUC